CGGUAUGGGAAUUUUAAAGCUCGUGUGUGUUUAGGGACUUCAGUUUGUUAUGUACUAGUGUUGGCGUUGGUGCGCUCGUUGGUGUAGGAGGAAAGUAGACGACGGUAGACAUAUUGGAUUCGUCUUAAGCCGAUCGCGUCAUCAAAAUGCUUGCUACUCGCACCCGGUUAGCCGUUCGUCAGGGAACUAUCCUUCAAAGACAGUUUGGAGUAUCUGCAGUUGCUGCUAACAAAGCAGUUGAUCCCAUUCAAAAAUUGUUUUUGGAUAAGCUGAAUGAGUACAAAGUUAAGAGCAAAGCUGCGGGAGGAAAAAUGGUUGACCCAUCUCCGACUAUCCAGAAAGAGAUAACAGCUGAGUUAGACAGAGUUCGCCGUGUUUACGGUGGAGCUGACGGGACUGACAUGACCAAGUUUCCCACCUUCAACUUCCCUGAACCUAAAGUGGAUCCCAUCAACUCAUAAACACUGAGAAAAAUAUAGUAGUGUUAAGAAUUUGAGAUUGCUACGGAUCUUCAUUGAAGAAUCGGGUGUAAAUAAAAAUUAGAAAAG